AUGGGAGAAUUCAAUGUAAAGGAAGAUACCGAUCCAAUCACAGGAGAACCCCUCUUGAUCUCUGAAAGGAGGAAUCUGUACUACUGCCAAAAUGGCACAAUAAAAAAUGAUAAAACGAAUCAAGAGAAAAUAGACUAUUUAAUGGCCUACUAUGCAAUGGAUGAGAAAGAAAGGCACAUCUUUGGAAUGAACCCUUUGAUGUUUAUGGAGAGUUGCACGUUCAACGGCAAAUUUUGUUCACUUGCUCAAUUAAAUUUUUUUACUGAUUUCCGAUAUGGAAAUUGUAUAACUUUUAAUAAGAAAAAACAAUACAUGGAGACUUUGCGAACUUCAGAAAUUGGACCAGGAAGUGGUUUGAAUGUUUACUUAAAUCUGUAUAAAUUUUACUACCAAGCCAUACAACAUACUUUGGGAAUCAAAUUAAUAAUUCAUGAUCCUACAGAAGUUCCAAGCACAGAAGACGAUGGAGUGUUUGUUGGUCCCGGUUUUGAAGUGUUAGCAUCUUUGAAACAAACUAUUAAUAUUCGUUUACCAAAACCGUAUCAGGACCACUGCGUAACUUACGAUUCGGAAACAAAAGGCUUUGCGAAAAACAAAAAGGAAUGCAUUCGAGCCUGCAUCCAGGCAAAGAGUUACGAGACAUGUGGUUGCGUCGACCAGUCUUUGGGAGUGAUGAACCACCUGAAGCAGUGUGAUUUCAGGAACGUCUCGGAAUCUUGCUGCUUAGAUGAAGUUUUGGACAGUAUGUCCCAUCAUGGAACGGUUUGCAGUUGCCCUUUACCUUGCUUCUCUGUAACUUACAACGAAAAAAUAUCAAAGUCUUUAUUAGUACCUCAUAUAUCAACAACAUCCGAAGUUGAAAGAAUCGGAGCUGCUUAG